CUUAAAAGAAACCUACUUCUGGUAGCCAUAUACAAUUAAGUAUCCCUCAAACUGUAAUUUUUUGAUGACUGAGUGGUGGAAAAUACAAUCCUCCUUUAUUAUUUAUGGUCAGGGAAUGGGGACACGGAGAAAGAGGUUUUGGUGUGGGGAGGAUGCUUUAACACAGACAAACGUAACCAUACAUGAAUUUAAGCGGUAGGAGGUAGGCAGGCUCUGUCUCCAAAGCUGUGCAGUGGUGUCAGCUCUCUGCUGUGCCCAUCUCUUGGUCUGUCAGGUCAAGGAAAGUGCCAGCAAGAUGCUUUCUUGGCUCCCAGUCUGUAAUUUGCUUGUUUCAGGUACGAGUGGGCAAGUCUCUCCUCUGGCUGCACUCAGCUCUGUAGGUAUACCUGGAUCUUCCCCUGUAGAUACCCCCACUGUACCCCUCGAGUUACUUAGUAGCACUCAUAAGAUGAAGAGGGAAUAUGUUCAGUUUUCUACAAACUGCCUCAAGUGCUGCCUCAACUACUUAGCAUGUAUUUUCUUAAUUGGAAUGUACCCGAUGCUGGCCUUUAUGCUUAAGCUACUGUUAACAUUGCUGUGUCUGUGAUGUUAACUUGGGUGGUAUCAUAAUAAUUUUAGAUAAGUGCUUUGGGUUUUCCUUGGUUUUGUUUUGAAUAGCAAUGAUGCUAACCCUCUUCUACUUAAAAUACUAAUCUAAGGAAAUGGAGUCAUUUCUCUAUGGGGUCUUAAAAUGGUGAAAGAAAUUCAAGAGCUUUUGAGUAAAAGAAACUUAUACUAAGAGGCACUAUUCCUCAUAUUGCAUGUAACAUCUAAAAAUAAAUAACUUUGCCUUCAGAUUGUAUGCUGUUAUCUCUACAUUUAAGAUGCAGUUGGCUAGAUUUUUCCUUCUUAUGUUCAUUGGAUAGAAGUAAUAAUGCAAAUAUAAGAUUUUAUUCAUCAACUUCUCUCCAAGCUUUGCAAUUUGCAGGAAUUAAAUAAGGAAUCUAGAAAUAAUACAUGAUUAUAGGUACAAUACAUAUCAUGCAGGCUUAUUUCCAGAAUGUCAGAGGAGGGUUAGAUUAAAUCCUUUUGUUUUGCUGUAGUGUGAUUACAAAGAUUGUUUUGUAGCUAGGGACACUGAGUCUAAGAGCAAGAAACGUGAGAGGUGUCUGGCAAGAGAUGAUAACAUGAAUUCAGUUCUGGCAUUGCUGCUGUUCUUGUCUAUGUUCUGAUUGGCCUGCAAGAUCUGGAAGAAAAAAAUGAAAAAGCCUUGGUCACAUCUGUAUUACUUCACAUACCUGAGAGAAAGAAGAGCAACCCAGGGACACAGUUCUAUAAACACUGCCAGUUAGGUCUGAGGAGAAACCAGACGUAUUGCGGUAACCCAGAAGAGAAAAUAUAACUAAUCUUAUUGAGACCAACACUUUAUAUUUAAACAUAUAUAUAUAUCGUUUGGGGUGGUAUUUGAAACUUUGAUGAAGAGUGACAAGCAAAUGAAAAACAAAUAGUGUAAAAAAAAAAAGGUUCUAAAUGUAUGAUAUUCCUCUCCCAAAUAGUUGGAGAGAUUAGAGCCUUAGCUUGUAUUCAUGUAUUAGUCAUUUCAGCUAUUCAGACAUGAAGUGUGUAUUAUUGGUACAGAUUUUAUUAUAUUUUAGAUAGGGGUCACUGCAGGAUUGGACUGAGAUUUAAAGUCUCUGGAAGAAACUUCUUUGAACAGCUAUACGCCUGAUCUGCUUUUGAAGGCAUGCCUGCUAUCUGUACUGAGACUCAAGUAUCCAAUACUUUCUGGGCCUAUUAAAUCCUUGCUUUAUACCACAGAGUUCGUAACGUUUUGCAGGAUGUGCAAACUACUCCAGUAAUAAAAUCACUGCAAUGUAUGAGUGAUGCCACGGUAUAUAUUUAUGUUGCUGCAGUUUUAGCUGUUUUAGUCAUACUGACUGAACAAUGACAAGCUACCAUGAUUUUGCCUUCAAAUGAACCCUUUUUCAUUUUCAAAAGGCUUUUUCCUGAUCACUUAAUCCAGGCUGAUGCCAAGUCCAUGCACUUCAGUGGAAUGCUAGAUGGUACCAGACAGGAAGAAGUGGAAGGUGAACUCAGUGAAGAAGAACGCUGGUUUGGAAAUUCUUCAGAGACUCCUUCAGAAGCAUCGUAUGGAGAAGUCCAGGAGAACUUUAAGUUGUCUCUUGAAGACAGAAUCCAAGAGCAGUCCACUUCCCCAGAUACUUCUUUGGGAAGUGCAACUCCUAGCAGCAACACAGCGGAGUUGGGAACCAUUGAAAAUGAAGCGCUAAGAGACACAUUACAGAGCAAAGAGCACCUUUCUCCUGAUGCAUCAUCUCUGUGUGAAGAAGAACCUCCUGGCUCAAAUAAGCCACUGAGUAGCAACCUGAGGCGGCUGUUGGAGGCUGGAUCCCUCAAGCUGGAUGCUGCUGUUACUGUCAAUGGCAGAGUUGAGUCCCCUGUAAAUCUUGGCUCAAAUCUCUCCUUCUCUCCACCUGCUCAUCAUGCCCAGCAGCUCAGCGUGCUUGCCAGAAAGCUAGCUGAGAAACAGGAACAAAGUGACCAAUACAAUGCAAGUAGUCACUUUAUAUGGAAUCAAGGUAAGUGGUUGCCAAACUCAACCACCGCCUGUGGUUUGUCCCCCGAUUCAGCUAUCCUGAAACUGAAAGCCGCAGCCAAUGCUGUUCUGCAGGACAGAUCUCUUUCAAGGACUGAAGAUAAUAUAAGGUUUGAAUCCUUUUCCUCACCUUUUAGCUCUCAGUCUGCCAGCUCCACAUUAGCAGCUUUAUCAAAAAAAGUGAGUGAAAGAAGCAUGACUCCUGGGCAGGAGCACCCGCCUCCGGCUAGUUCUUUCCUUUCUCUGGCUUCUAUGACCUCUUCAGCUGCCCUGCUCAAGGAGGUUGCUGCAAGGGCUGCAGGCACCCUGUUGGCAGAGAAGAAGAAAUCACUGGUUGCUGAGGAUCCCCUGCAGCUUUCAGAGAUGAAGCAAGAGAAAGCAACUCCACCACAGUCUUUGGAAUUAUUGUUACUGCCAGUCCCUAAGGGAAGAACAUCCAAACCCACCAGUACAGCCUCAGAAGAAGAAGGAGGAAAACCUUUCCAGUGUCCAAUCUGUGGUUUGGUUAUCAAGAGGAAGAGUUACUGGAAACGGCACAUGGUGAUUCAUACAGGUUUGAAAAGUCAUCAGUGUCCGCUCUGUCCAUUUCGCUGUGCGCGUAAGGACAAUCUCAAAUCACACAUGAAGGUUCAUCAGCACCAGGACAGGGGUGAGACCUUUCAAUGCCAGCUAUGCCCUUUUACCUCCUCCCGCCACUUCAGCCUGAAACUCCAUAUGCGUUGCCAUCAGCAUUUCCUCAGGACAGAAUCCAAAGUGAAGGAGGAAAUACCAGAAACUGAGGUGAAGGGGUCACCACAGCUAAAUAGUGACUCCUGCCCGGGACCACAGAGGGAAGGAGUUGGACCUGACCUUAUGGGAUCAGCAUCUGUAUCUAAAACAUCUGAUGUGGCUGGGCAGGCUAGUGGAGGUAUUCCACCUUUACUAGUGAAAGAAGAGCCCAAAGAUGACAAUGGCAUCUCAGCUGCACCUUUUGCUCUUAGCACUGUUGACAGAGCCCCCAACAACACAAAGCUGAAAGACUCUGACUUUGUGGCCAGUACAGCAUCAGCACUAUUCAGCCAAGACAUCUCUGUCAAGAUGGCAUCAGAUUUUCUUAUGAAGCUGUCAGCUGCAAAUCAAAAAGAGCCCUUGACUCCAAAGUUUAAAGUGAAAGAUGAGCCUAAGGAUGAAGAAGCUGCAAGUUCAACCUUGCCUCAGUCCAGCUAUGUGUUCAACCAGGAAUCCGAAGCCUCAGCUCCCAGUGCACCUAAGGAGAAACUCAAGCCACAGGAAGCACAGGCAAAUAUGAUGAGGCAGGACAUAUCAGUCAAGGCAGCGUCUGAGCUCCUCAUGAAGCUCUCAGCUGAGAGUUACAAGGAAACCCAGACCGUAAAGAUAAAAGAAGAACCAAUGGAAGUUGACAUUCAUGAUUCUCAGACUUCGGUGUCACCCAGCCAACCCAGCCAAAAUGUUGGCUACAGCACUUUAUUAGGGCGAGACAUUAGUGAACACAUCCAGAAGGCACCAGAAGGUCGUGUGCUCCCAGAACGAAAUCUGUUCAGCCAGGAUAUAUCAGUGAAGAUGGCAUCUGAGCUGCUCUUCCAGUUAUCAGAAAAGGUGAGCAAAGAGCACAAUCACAAUAAAGAUAACACCAUCAGAACUACAGUCAGCCCUUACUUUUCUGAGGACACCUUUAGACAAUCACCGUUCACUUCCAACUCAAAAGAUCUCCUGCCUAAUGAAACUGCUCUUCAUGGAAGGCCAUCUGCACCAGAAACAGAAAAGCUAGGGUUGGAAGCAGGAAACGGAUUGCCAUCGUGGAAAUUUAAUGACCAGCUCUUUCCCUGUGAAGUGUGUGGAAAAGUGUUUGGUCGACAGCAGACUUUGUCGCGACAUCUCUCGCUGCACACAGAAGAGAGAAAAUACAAAUGCCACUUGUGCCCCUACGCUGCUAAGUGCCGUGCUAAUCUGAACCAGCACCUGACCGUUCAUUCUGUGAAGCUGGUGAGUACAGACACUGAGGACAUUGUCAGCGCUGUCACUUCCGAAGGCAGUGAUGGAAAGAAGCACCCUUACUAUUACAGCUGUCACGUGUGUGGGUUUGAGACGGAGAUGAAUGUCCAGUUUGUCAGUCAUAUGUCCCUCCACGUGGAUAAGGAGCAGUGGAUGUUCUCGAUUUGCUGCACAGCAUGCGAUUUUGUCACCAUGGAAGAGGCAGAUAUGAAGGCUCAUGUCAACAGCAAGCACACAGCUGAGGAGAGGAAGACACCCAGUGACUCUAACAGUCCAUCUUCAUCUUCACUGUCAGCACUCAGUGACUCUGCUAACAGCAAAGAAGAUGCAGAUAUUUCUCCAAAAAACAAGGGUUCAAACAACCUGCUGGUCAUUUCUGUAGUGCCUGGUACUCAGACCUCACUGAAUACUGAAGAGAAGUCAGAGAAAGGCUUUGAAUGCGUUUUCUGUAACUUUGUCUGCAAAACAAAAAAUAUGUUUGAGCGCCAUCUGCAAAUCCACCUGAUCACACGGAUGUUUGAGUGUGAUGUGUGCCACAAGUUCAUGAAGACACCCGAGCAAUUAUUGGAGCACAAGAAAUGCCACACUGUCCCCACUGGUGGGCUCAAGUAAGGAAAGCAAGCAUCCAGAAGAGCCUGAAGAGAUCUAAGUAAAUUGUAUUUUUCUGUUUCCUGUUUGCUGUGGGGGAAGAGAAAAAAAAAACAUGAUUCCUCCAGUUCCAGAUCAAAAUCUGAGAUUCUGAUCCAGAGAGCACCCAGCUCAGGAGAGGUAUGUGCGCAUAGACGGCUGAGUUCUCUGUUGCAGUAGAGCUAACCACUUUAGCAGCCUCAGUGCCAGGUUCCCUCUCUGGAUCAGAGUACUUGGUGCUGCAUCAGGAAAAGUGUCUGGAUAUUUUACUUCUGUUUGUUUGUCCUCCUUUGUUAUUUGCUGCACUCACUCAAAGAUCUCUCCAUCAGUAGCAAGAUAAAAUUGAACCUGCAAGUGCAAUCAGUUGUAGUGAGUGAAAACAAAGUGAGAGGAUAUCAGCUUAGAAAUUACCUUAAAUGACAGAGCAUAAUUGGCAGAGCGGCUAAAUGGUGAAUGCAGAUCAGCUGGCAAGGGAGACAUCUGUAAGACAGUAGCCUGGUGAAUUAGUUGUGCCUUUUUACCUAGACUUGCUCUUCUAGCUCACAAGCUAGAUCUGGAAGCCAGUACGCUUUGUUUAACACAGCAGAUAUUCUGGGUGGGUAGCUGUCUUCACCAACUUCCUCCAAGCCACAUCAAGUAGAAUCUGGGGCAUUUUAGUCUUGAUUGUGUCCAGGCUUAGUCAGCUCAGCCUUCUUUCCCAGCUUCCAAGGCUCCCUCCUCCAGCCCUCUCAGCCCUUCCUGGUCCAGGAACCAGGGGUGAGGCCCUUUACCAUGUUCAACCUGGUCCGGAAGCUUUCUGCUGUGAGUAAGCAGAGCCCACAUCCUGUUCCCACAUUGGAACAAUUCCUGCCGUGGCAGAGGCAGCUGUAGGCAAGCAUUGCCGAGCACAGACUAGCUCAUCUCCCAGCAAUGGGAAUCCCUACAAAUCAUCUUAAUAAGCCAACUUUCAGCUGUUUCUAGCCGGAUACCCAGCAAGCUUAUUGUUCAAAGUCACAUAAAAGGAAUUUCCUAAGCUUUUGCUGUACAUACGGUAUUACAAGUUUAUUCCAUCUUUACUUAAACAGCUGCUUUCAUACUCAUCUGUAAACACUCUCUUUAAACCACUUCUGAAUGGAGAAAAUGGCAAAAGUGACUUUGUGCAAACACUAGGAAUGUCGUUACCCAAAGUACCUGUGAAUCAGUCACCCACUGCACAACCUGGCCUGCUUUGCAGAACCUGCCCCACAAAGGUAAGCCAGAAGAUUAAGGGGAUGCUCCUUUGGUGCCUUCCUAGGAAUGAGCGAGCUCUACUGCCAUUAAGUGGGCAAACAUACUCUAAGUAGAGACAGAUGUCAAGAUGAACCAAACAUAAUAAAGAGACCAAACAGGGAGGACUAAGUGCCUUUUUUCCUGCUUUAGUAGGGCAGAGAUGGGCUGAAUGAGAGGGUUAACCUGGGAACGCAGAACUUCAAGCCAUGUGACUUCUCUUUUCUCUGUGCCAGGUGCCCAUUCUGCAUCUACUCCACUAACCGCCCUGCAGCAAUGGAGUGCCACCUGAAGACUCACUACAAGAUGGAGUACAAAUGUCGGAUCUGCCAGACAGUGAAAGCAAAUCAGCUGGAGCUGGAGAUGCACAUCCGAGAACACCGCCUUGGCAACCAUUACAAGUGUGACCAGUGUGGCUACCUGUCCAAGACCGCCAACAAGCUGAUAGAACACGUGCGUGUCCACACUGGUGAGCGCCCUUUUCACUGUGACCAGUGCAGCUACAGCUGCAAACGCAAAGACAAUCUCAACUUGCACAAGAAACUGAAGCAUGCUCCACGCCAGACUUUCAGCUGCGACGAGUGCCUGUUCAAGACUACCCACCCUUUUGUUUUCAGCCGCCACGUGAAGAAGCACCAGAAUGGGGACUGUUCUGAAGAGGAGAAGAAGGGCCAGUAUUCAGCCUCUAAGGAAGCCAGUCCGCUCCUACCAGUGAACAGCUCCAGAAACCUCUUGUCACCCCUCUCAGUUAUGUCUGCCUCCCAGGCUCUGCAAACAGUGGCUAUGUCAGCUGCACACAGCAGUGGGGCAGAACCAAACUUGGCAGUGAAAGCCUUGGCCAUCAAUGGCACUUCCCUGUGCUUUGAUAAAUACUGGAACUCAGAGUUUGCCCACCUUAUUCCUCUAACAAUGUUUUUCCCCAAAAACCACUACAGUCUCACAUUCCAUCCACCCACACCUCAGACUGCACCGGGAGGUGCCUCUUCACCUAAACACUCCUUCCUUGCCUACCUUGGACUAACAGAAAGGGCAGAAACUGUCUGAGGGCAGUUACAUUCUGUACCAAAAAUACCCCAACAAACCCAGCAGGUAUACAUUGCUGCAAACCGUAAACCGAAGAGGUAAUGAACAUUUGUACUAUAUCAGUAGUAAGGUUUAGAAAAUGGCUCUGUGUAUACUUAUUGCAUUGACAUGAAAGCUGCUUUAUUAAAUCUUCAAGAGGUGACCUACUGCAUACUUCUACCUUCAGCAUGUUCCCAGUACUCUUAUCUAAGAAAAUAUUUUGUCUUGUUAAGCUGAAAAAGAGUGUCCUUACUGGCAAUCAGCGCUUGUAAGAUUUCAUAUUGAUGCAUUAUUUUUUUUUUCUUUGUCUUUGUGUGCGUGUGGGUGUGUGAAAGAGAGUCUGUAAGCGUGCCAUGACACUGCUUUUGCACAUCCCUUAUACUGGUUUAUUUAUCUGUUAUUUUUCUCCCUUGAGCACACUCGUUCCCUCCCUUCCCUCUGUAUCCCCCUGAACUGUAGAGUUGGGGCGGGAGUAACUCUUGGUCUGGGGUUGACUGGUGUCAUUAUUUCAGUGCUGCAUGCAGCAUCAUUUAGUUGUUUGAUGCCUUGUAUUGAGUUGUCAAGGUUUGAAGAUUUUGGGUAGAGCUGAUAAGGAAGAAGUGGCUUUCAGCACUGCAGGAUGAGAGUAUAACAAUGAAAAUGUGUGUGUGUGUACACCCACAUGUGCAUGUGCAGUGUACACACUCACACAGCAGGCUCAUUUCUUCUUAGCUGUUACACAGGUGUAACAGACACCUGAGUCUGGGUCAUAGCAUACAUCUUUUGUUUUAAAAGGACAUAUAAAAUAUUAUAUAUAGAUACAUAUAUGCUGUAUUAUGCAGUGGUUACCUUUUAGUUUGCAGGAACAACUUGUAUAACGAGAAAUCUAUGGUGGAAAAAAAAAAUCCAACAAAGGGGAUUUUACAAAGGGUAUGGAUAAAUUCUGGGUAUAAAUACUCAGACUAAAAAAAAAAAAAAGGCAGAUUUGCACAGUGCUUUAGUCUUGCACUAGUUUGUUUCUCAGUUGCAAAAAAAAAAAGAUUCUACAGGAUGAAAGUAAUAAGACUGUAUAUUUGAAAAGGUACCAAUAACUUUGAAAUAUAAAGCUAUAAAAAAGAAACUGUUUGAAAGAUACAGUUCUCUUUUAUAUCCUCACUAUUUCAAUUGUACUUGCAGAUUCUACGGUCCUAUCAAUACCCUCCACAUUGUUAGUAAUACUUUAUUCCUUUCUGUUAAUGGCUGAUAGAGCAUACACUGCUAGGAAGCUAACUUUGUACUUAUUUAAUGCUCUUACUUUGUGGUCAUUAAAAAUGACAUGUUAUAUGUGGCACUUUAUUGCAGGAAGAAGCAAAUGCAGAGUGGUUGUAUAACCUUUGUUAAUCUCAAAAUGACAACAGUGAUGUGAAAGAAGAGAAACUGUCUGUUAAUUGAUUUGUUCCUUAGACAACUUAUCUAAAGAUCAGGAUGAAAAAUCCUCUGCAUUAAAAUUGGAAAUAUAAAAUAUGAAACAUUUCAAAAUUAUCACAGGACUUACAGGAAUACUUUCUUACUGGAUUGCUGUUCUCCAUGGUGUCUCUUGGAAUUAGAUCUUGCUGUCUUUCACCAGCAGGUAUUGGAGAUGUCUGACCUCCUCACUUUUUUCAGUCCUUCUCUUUCUCUUGGCCAAGCCAUUGUAAGCGAUGCGCUGGAUCACAUCUGAUGUGCUACUUACUUACCCACUCUCAUGCUGUUCCAAAGCAACUUCUUCUGCAGGGUGCUGUGGAAAGGAGGGAGCUCAGCAGGCCAGUUGGAGCCAGCCCCUUGUUUGGACAGCAGUAACGCAAUAUCCUGGUUCAGGAAGGCAUUUCUGGUCCACAAAGGCUCUGAGCCACACACACACACACACACACACACACACACACAGAAACAAUCUCAAUCUUCUUCAUUUUUUAAAUGAAGCUUAUGUAGAGGUUUUUGUUUUGUUUUGUUUUUAUGCAGAACUUGCAUCGUUUUAUUUAUGUGGAAGAUUCCUACAUUUGUUUUGCACUGAGAUGGCCAAACACUCUCCACAGGCAUGACCAAAGUCUUCCUGUUCAGGGAGGACGUCCUCAUUUAUGCACUCCUGUUUAACAUCCUCAAAGCUAUUUACAAAGGGGAAACAUCCAAAAUAGGAGCAGGUUAUUAUUUGGAAUAAUGAAUUAAAGGGCAGAGAAGUCCCACCAUUUUGUUUACAUUCCAGCAGAAAAUUUUGGUUCUACUGAGCAUAUGGCAGUUCUGCCUGUCUGUGCGGUAGAGAAAAGCCAUCUGUUCCAAAGUAAAUAUAAAAAUUCUAGUAACAACACAACUCAGGGCCCUCUUUGCCAUCGGAACUCCUGGUAACCCCCCUGGGAGUACAGACAAAAUAGAAAGUGGUGUAUUAGUAAAUACACAAAACAUAAACAACUGAGUAUCUCAACAGCCUGAAAUAUGCAAUCUGCACCCAGAAACUAUACCAGUCCUAUAAAAUACACUCGAUGCAUAUAUCUCUGACCCCACCAUAGUAAAGCAAACACUUCCAAAGCAAAAAGCUUUUUUUUCAAACCAACAGGGAAAGUACAGCUGUCUAGGAGGAAGUACGAAUAUUACUAGGAUGCUUUCUGUAAACCAAACUGCAAUAUAAAUAAGGCUGGAAGUUCCAAGAAUGAGCUGUCAGCACACGAAUGCCACAUGUUCAACAACGUUCCACUGUACCAGUACCUGACAUAGUAAUGUCUAAUAUACCUGGGAAGUUUGUUUAGCACUUUGGAAAGGAUAAAUUCAUUCUUUCUGGUACGUCAUAGAAGUUUUCUCUGUAAGGAAAAGUGUGUUAGGAGGUUUUUAUUUUUUUAAGAAAAAAAAUACAGUAUUUAUCAGAGCUCAUGCAUAUUAACAUAAUUGGUUUGCAGUUCAAGACUAAAGAAAGGAAUGUGUUCCGGAGAUAUCCCCUACCUAUUAAAGACCAACAGUUCUGAAAAAUUCCCCCCACCAUAAAGCUAAUUUCAUAAUAGUUUAUCCCUAUGCAUUCUUCAAUGAAGGCUAGUGUGUUUUUCCAUUCAGUACUUCAGUUAAAGUUCUCAGCACUUUUUUCUUUCUUCUGUAUUUUUUUACUUGGUGUAUUAUGUUCAAAUAUCAUUCUGUCAAGGUCUGUGUACAUUAUUAAAGUUUGUAUUGUAUAAAGCUUUUUGCAUUAUAAGGCUGUACAGGGUCAUUUUGACAGUAACUGGUAUAUUCCUUUGCAUCUUAUGUUGCAUUGCCAAUUUCUAGUGUAUCCAGUUUGGAAGUACAAUAUACUCUAAUUAAAAAGGUUGGCUAUA